CAAGCAUAAACUUGUUUUUUGACAGAAAAAAGAACACACUUGUUUUAUAAGCACCGUGGUCUUCUUGCGCCGGUCUUCCGUUCGCAAUUAGCAUCUCUCUUGUGCCGAGAGACUUUUUGCGUUUCUCGACCAAUCCGCGCCAACUGUUUAAGCUGGGCUAGGGUUUUAGGGUCGCGAAUCGGAUUGGCAGACAGCAGAGAAUCUCCAAGUAAUGCUGAUGGAAAAAUGAAUGGUUCUUUUUCUUCACCAAGGGCUCAAUUUUUUUGCUCAUUCGGGUUGAUAGCAUUGAUGCACUAGGACUUGAAGCUGAAUUGAUAGGGCGACAUGGGAUUUGACAAUGAGUGCAUAUUGAACAUCCAGUCUCUUGCCGGAGAGUACUUUUGUCCGGUUUGUCGUCUGCUUGUUUACCCAACUGAAGCACUACAGUCGCAAUGUACUCAUCUGUAUUGCAAGCCCUGUUUGACAUACGUUGUGAGCACCACCCAAGCUUGCCCAUAUGAUGGCUACUUAGUGACAGAAGCAGAUGCCAAGCCACUCACGGAGUCAAAUAAGGCCCUCUCUGAUACCAUUGGCAAAAUACUAGUUCAUUGCUUAUUUCACAGGAGUGGAUGCACAUGGCAGGGACCAUUAUCCGAGUGCACACCUCAUUGUUCUGGAUGUGCCUUUGGCAAUUCUCCUGUAGUAUGCAACCGGUGGAGUCCAAAUUGUGCAUCGUCAUGUGCAGGAACAUGCACAAACAUGUCCUGGUGUGCAGCCUCAAGCGCAGCAGGCAGAGGUUGCUCUGCACACUUCUGCUUCUGGCACAUCAGCAGCUACUGCUGAUCAAUCCCAGGCUGCAAUUCAAACAGGAACAACUACAUCUCAGGCCCCGGUUUCUCAAACUACAAGUGCCACUGCACCUGGAUCUGAUCCAAAUCAGAAAGUAAACUCAAGUUCUCAAGCUCA